AUGUCUUCUCUUCAGCCCUUCGCGCAAUUUGUACCCAGGGACAGGCCUUCAGUAUCUCAAGACAGCAUGCUGGAUCUUCUGCCCACCGAGAUUAUCAUUCAAAUCGCCGAGCUCAGCUCCCGACGCACUCUCGACUACCUCAGCCAGGCUUGUGUUCGUAUGUAUCACAUCGUCCGUCCUUACUUCUACCGUGCUGAUAACUGCCUGCAGUUCUACAAUGCUGUCAGUGUCGUCAACAUUGCUAUGAUGGAGCGCUGUGAGUAUUUCGGUGCGGCGCCCGUCAACAUCGUGUGGAACAGGCCAAAUCUGCGUCAUUGUACGCCGGUUGACCUUCUUCUUCUGAACGUGGACGAGGGGGUUGCCCGCCGGGACACUGCUGACCGCGCAGCUCUUCGAGGUAGGGAGCGUGACAAAGUAUUCGAUGCCUUGGGCUGGUUGCUCGAAAGAGGCGCCGACGGCGAAGUGUCUAUGGCCAACGAGAGCUAUAAUGGCUCGCAUCUGCCAUCUGGUCACAUGUCCUCGAGGAUACUGAUGCAAUUCCAGGUAGGCACUAGUCAACGCGGCGGCGAGGUCCUUUUUAACAUGAUCCGCAUGCUAAGUAGAUAUGGCCAUUCGAACCCAACUCGCUAUGACUCCGUCGGUGGCUGGUCGUGCGUAGAACAGGCUGCUUGGUUGACAGGCACAAUGAGAGACUAUUAUACGACAUCGCCACUAGACUUGGCUCUCAAAUCGCAUGUCACACCGUCUCUACUAAACUUGAUGUUGGAAGAGUACGAAGCUCGAGGUCUCCGACUGAGAGAUUGGCAUAACAAGUGCCCACCAAGCCUGGUCCAGUCUGCUAGUCGACAAACGGACACAGGUUCGACUAUAAGUUGGGCCGAGAUCAGCUACAUUGACAUUCUUGUGGGAAAUCUUCAUGCUGACUUGCACAAUGAAACGACCAGAUGGAGCGAGUCGUAUUCAGGCGAAGUUGCUGAUGUUUUCAGAGCGAAGCUCGACAUCAUGAUCAAGCAUGAGAUGAUCGACAACUCAGAGCGUGCACUCCUCCGUAGCAUCGGGGCGGCUCUUUAUCGCAUCGCAUCAAUAGGGCACGCAGCAGGUGGCCUUGGCAAAAAGCAUUUCAAAAUGUCCUGGGAGAUGCUCUGGAACGCUGUCCGGCCAUUUAUCCAAGAUCCUAAUCUGGUACAAGACCCGCUGACAGCUCCAGGUGACGACGGACCCGGAAGAAUCCACAGAUUCGCCAUUCGUAGCGGCUGGGAUCCAUGGAGGCGGUGGCUUCUGCGACACGAUGCGAGACUCCAUUACAGAGAUAUGCUAGCAGGAGGGACUAUUAGGUCGACUGAUAUUGGAAGCCGUGACAGCUACGAUUUUGUUUUCUUUAUCCAGCAUAUGAACUGGUAUCGACUUCCGGCCUGGCAUACUGCCGGUCUGGACGAGUGGAUUGCCUUGGUGAAGAAUGCCCCAGGGAGUCACUCUUUGAAGACUGGUGAAGAUGACGGACUGUAG